UUGUUCGUUCGUCCGUUCGUUCGUUCGUUCGAAUCACCGUUGCCGUCGCGUUGUUGCCUGAGUCGCGUCUUUCGUCGUCGUCAUCGUCAACCUCAUCCUGCCGCUCGCGUUCGGCAUUAUUCGCUCGUCCGAUUAGCCUCCCUCCCCGCCACCACCACCACCACCGCCGCUGUCGCCGCCGUGUGCCCCUCCGCCCCUGUGGGAAACCUAUCUACGAUUGCUAGUAGUGCUGGGCAGUGCUGAUCGUCCACAACAGUGCACAGGCACCGUCGUGUCGGUUUCUCUCUCUCUUUCUCUCUCUUUCUCUCUCUCUUACUCUCUUAUCUACGUAGUUAUCUAUCUGUACGUUUAUCUACCUAUCUCUGUCUUUCUCCAUGACCGUUCUCGAUUGCGCCUAUCUUCUCGCGUAAAUACACACUUCUUUGUCGCGGAUCGUGCCAAAUGUCAUCGGGUGGACGUUAGGCUCAUACGUAUGUACGCAAACAUUAAUACACAUUGAGGGGUGUGAAUUUGUGGAUGUGUACGCGUGUAUGUGUGUGUAUUGUGCGUGCGUGCGCCGACGUAGAAAGAACAUAUACGCACACACGUAUGUACGGGAUGCCCUGUACGCGACGAGGAAACGAAGGGACCUCAGCUGGCGCAUUCUAGUGGACGUUCGGGUAAAAACUGCUACUUCUGUUGCGCGAGAGAAGGCGGCCAGGUCGUCUGCCUGCCUGUCUACCUUCGUUUUCUUGCGGUGAAUGUGGUGAUGCGCGGGUGAGGAAGGAGCAGCAGGAAGCAGCUAGAGAGGAGUGUACCACAAGUGCCGUGGUAGAAGGUGGAACAAAUAGAGGGCGAAGGAUAGGAGCAGUUGGUUCAUCGCGACUGCGUGCUGGAACGCAUCACGUCUUCACGUGUUCAAAAAGACAGUGGACGCUAAAGGAACACACUCGGGCGAGAAAGAUUCGAAUGGAAAAGACGUUUGGCGAUUGGAUUUAUCAAUAAUUUCGCGGAAUUAAUAAUUCAGUGGACAUAUACUAACACCUCGAACAGAGAGACAAGCAUCAUCGGAAAGCAAAAUUAUCAAGUGGAAUUCAUCGGCAACGAAUUUAUUAAUCCGCGUAAAAAUUAUUGGCGACAGCUGAUCACGAAGAAGGGGACUCCUCAUUAAAUCUGAAUCGUCGUGGAUUCUCAUUCGCACGAGUGCAGGCCGAAAGCUCUCCGAAGAUCGUGUAGGAGCGAAGUGAAGAAGAUAUAAAUGCGGAGCGCAUUUUACGUAUCUUAGUUUAUUCAUUGUCUUCGUCACCCGCCGCCGCCGCAGCCGCCAUCGCCGUCGCUGUCGCCGUCAUCGUCCGCAAAGGAUUGGUGCACGCACGCUCACUCGGUGCGCGUGGUUAUCGUUACUCGUGCAAGCUUGGUGCGCGUCGGUGCGUGAGUACGAUUACGCAGACCGAAGAUAACCGAAGCGCGGCGAAGUCGCCCGAGGCGGCGCGGCGGCCGCGAAGAGAGACACGACGAUCACGCUGCUACGUAUCUCGAACGCGACCGCUUUCCCCACUCUCUUCCUUCGCGUGUGUCUGUUGUCCUUUGUGAGUGUGUGUGCGUGUGCUGCUGCGUGCGUGCGCGUGUUACGUCGCGCGUGGCGCGGAACGCGCGGGAAGAGGAGUGAGCAUAAACGGAAGUUGCCAGGAAUACGCCAAACCGAGGAAAUAUGAGCAUUGCUGCCCUACUGCAGGCUGCCGAGUACAUUGAACGAAGGGAAAGAGAAGCUGAACAUGGCUACGCUUCAACAUUGCCGAUACCCGAUGAUAUGCGGACUAUUACAAAGAGGCCAAAGACGAAGAAGUCCCAAGGCAGCAGAACAACUCAUAAUGAACUGGAGAAAAAUAGGAGAGCCCAUCUUAGGACUUGUCUUGAAAAGCUGAAGCUGCUGGUGCCGCUUGGGCCUGAAACCUCGAGGCACACCACGUUGGGCCUUUUAACUAAGGCUAAGCGUUUUAUCAAGAACCUGGAGGACCGUGAGCGCAAGCACGCUAUACACAAGGAGCAGCUGUCGCGCGAACACAGGUUCCUAAGGCGACGGCUCGAGCAGCUGACGAGCCAGACCGGCCUCCACGGCCUUCACGUGCUCCACGGCCUCCACGGGUUAAACCCGAGCGCGCCGACCGGCUCCACCGCCGCCGCCUCCGCGGCGUUACUGUCCAAGCGGCGCAGCAUCUCCGAAUGCUCCCUAGGCACGGCGUCCGUCAGUUCUACCGGCAGCUCCAGAAACUCGGACAGAUCCGCGGGCAGUCCUUCCGUCUCGGAAUCCGAUGAAGUGGAUGUGAUUGGUUACACGAGCAACCAAUCAGACACCGACGAUCACAGUAGCGUACAGAGUAGUAGCGACAGCGGUGUCGCGAUGUCCACUUCCAGGUUGACCCUUUCCGAGAUGAUGGACAAUCUUUAGACAUAGAGGCGGCGCGGUGGUGACGGAAGAAAUUGAGGAAAAGAGAGUAAACAAAAGGAAGAAGAUCCAUCGUGUACGAAGAUCGACGGCACGCAAGAUAUCGAUUCAUACACACACAUAUACACAUAUAUAUAUACACACCCACAUACAUACAACACACUCUCAAGCGCGCGUACGCACGCAUACACACACAGAGAUUCAUUCAACUUUGUCCUAAAAUUGCUUGCAACGUUGAAGAAGACGUUCUUGAGGACUCGCUAGCUUGUGUUCGUGAUUUUGCAAAACCGUUCGAUAAGGAAUCAGAGUAAAUAGUAGAGAAUCCAGAGAAUUUGAUGAAAUAAAACAUUAUCAGUAAUUUUCAAAAAUUUCUCUGGUGACUAAACUAGAAUAUUGGGAUAAUAAAAGAAGAUAAAGAAAAAAAAGAGAAUAGGGCGAUAUCAUGAUACUCAAGAGAACGGAUAUUGAUAAAAGUCAAUGACUUUUGGAAAUUACGAGCACAAAUCCGAGAAUUCGAGUACAUUUUCUAAAUGAAAUUCGGUAAAAUGUGGCUCACGACUACGUGAUGGAUAUUUAAAAAAAAAAAGAGAAUAAUUACAAAAGCAGCUGAAAGUAAAAAGGGAAGAUGCAAGAAGAUGGACCUAAAAAGAAGAGGGAGAGUAUGAAGGACAAGAGGGAGACAAAGUAGAGUGAACAAGGGAAAUUUGAAAGGAAGAAGAAAAAAUAUGAAAGCAGAGGAAGAACUUGCACCGAAGAAAGCCAGCGACUUUUCGGAAAUUGUAGGAACGAAUUUAAGGAUUCGAGCAAAUUUUCCGAGCGGAACAACAAAGGAAUGCGGCAUACAAUCAAAAGAAAAAUAAAAAUGAAGAGGAACUUCUAGAGAAAACGGAAAGGAAAGGAUAAGGAAAAUUUUUGGAAAGGAAAUAACAGAAAAAUACAGAUAAAGAAAGUUACGAAAAAAUAUAGAAGAUUGAAGAAAUUAAAAAAAAAUGAGAAUUGAUUAAAACCAAAAGAAAGUGAGAGGGCCAAAAGAGGCUGAAAAAGAAAGUAAGAGGAAGAAAAAUAAGAAAUAAAAGGAAAAGGAUAUAUCCAGAAUAGAGAAGAAAUCCAGCUACUUUGCGGAGGAUAGAUUUCAGGAGAAAGUGUGAAAAUAUAAGAAACAGCGGAAGAAAAGAAAGGGAGAGUCUGAGAGGGGCUAAAAGGGAGCGGAAGAAAAGACGAGGUAACAAGAGUGAUUUGGAGGAUAUGAAGAAUAGUGAAAGCGAUUGUGUAAAUUAUUGAGCGCUGACGAGUCGCAGCAGCAUUGUACAUAUUUUUCAGAGCGAGCAGAUUUAUCGUGUGAAAGGGGAGGGAGAAAAGGGGUAAGCGAAAUAGAGAGUAUGUAUGUGAGAAAGAAAGAGCGAUGUGUGGAACUUUGAGAGAGAGAGAGAGAGAGAGAAAGAGAGAAACUAAUUGGAAAAUGAAGAUUACAAGAAGUAACAGAAAUUGCGGAGAGAUUUUUCGUUUCUUUACAAGUUUGGUCUACAAUUUUCGCAAAAAAUCAAGUAAAAUAAGACAUGAUAUAGAGACGCGAGACAUAGAAACAUUUUAAGACUCGACAAUUUAAACGUGCACGCUUUCGGUUUAGUGUUUUGCACUAUUUAAUAACGCUAAAAAUUUAUUUUUAGAAAUUUAAUUGUUUAAUCAGACUCAUGAAAUUUCGUCGUUCUAAACUAUAUAUAUCUUUCAACUAAUUCCGCGAUAAAUAUGUAGUCUAAUGUUUCUAGUAGUAGUAGUAGUAGUAGUAGUAAUGAUGUCAGUGCUAGUGAAGCUUUGAUAGCUCCUACUAAUGUUUUUGAAAAUAAAUAAAAAUUUGAUUACAUUCAGGGAUUGACGAAAUUACUUGAAACUGAUUAGUUGAAACUCAGUUUGUAAAGUGGGAAUUCUGAAAAAUAUAUGUAAAAAUUUCCAGUUUUAUCAGAAGUUGAAUUAUAUCUUUGGAAAUAUAUUACGAGAUUAGUCGAAAGAUUCGGAAUUAUUGAAUAUAAUUCACAGGGUUUAGAACGACAAAAUUAUUUAUUAAAAAUUAUUUGUUAUAUAUACAUAUAUAUAUAUCGGACGAAUUAUAAUAAAAUUAUUCUGCAAAUUUAUCAGCAAAAUUGUUUAUUCUAUUUGAAAUUCAGAAAUUAUACGCAUUAUAUGAAAUUAACUGUAAUAUGUUGAGGUAGUUAUAAAAAAAAAAUACGAAAUUAUUUUUAUAGUAUAAAAUUAUCUUUGGAACGAAAGAAAAAAUUACUUAAGAAGAUUACAAACAUUAUUUCGGUAAAGUAUAAAGUGACUUCCGAAAUUAAAGCGCGAGUUUUGAACGUUUGUUUAAAUAAACAAGUUCCAACUAAAAUAAAUUCAUUAAACAAAUCAAUCACGCGCCGUCGUUAUCUUUGGUACGAGAGAAAAAAUAUAUAAAUCUGCGGAAAAUCGACAUGUAUAUUAUAUGAAUGAUGCUAAAUAGAGGAGGUGAAAGAAGAUAGAAUGAUGAAGGAAGUGAUGGGAAGAAAGAGAAAAAGACUUUCUUGUAUCGAGAGAACAAUGAAAGGAGAAUAACUAACUUCUCGAUAAAUAAUUAACUUCGAUUAAUUAACAGACUAUACGUCGACUCAUAAAUAGACAAAUAAACGGACGCGGACACACACACACACAUGCACAUGCGUUUAAGAAAAAAUAUGUACACGUACAUAUAUAUUAAGUUAUUAUUCUGUAAUUAAGUAAACAAGUAAAAAACAAAGUAUAAAAGGCAAAAAAUUAAACUGAUAAUUAUAUUACCAUAUAAGUGUGACGUGUAUAUAUAUAUAAAUAAAUAUAUAUAGACGUCAUAUAUGUAGACACACGCGCACGCGUACAUACGUAUAUAGGGUGUCCCUUAUUUCUAAACGUACAAAAAACCCUUAUUUCUAAAUGUACAAAAAAAUAUAAUAAACAAAAAUUAAUAAACAUAAGAAACCGUCAGUGACUUUUGAUCGUCGAAAAACUUGUGAAUAACAAAUAAUUCGAACCUGUAUAGUAAAAAAACAGAAAGAAUAAGAAGAUAAAAAUAUAUGAUAACGUUCGCGCUGUGGUAAUUCAGCUCAUCUUGUGUGUGUGCUGUUAAUUAAAAGUAUAAUAAUUUAAAGAGGGGAAAACCCUUUUGCAAUUUAGGACUUUAACUACUUGUUUAAUGCGACUUGUAUUAAAAAAGAAACAAUAAUUAUAAAAGUAUCGAAUUUAAUACCGAAGUAGUUAUUAAAUGAUUAAUAUUGGAGAAAUUUUUAAUUCAAUUAAUAAUAUAUAAUUGAAGAAAACAAUUAAGACUCGAAAAAAAUUGAACAAGACGAAAGUAAGGGACACCCUGAUAAUAUACAUUCGAAAAGUACAAAUUUCGAAAAUCCCUCGUAAGUCCUCGGAAUGUUUUGUUAUAUCUCUUUUUAUGUGGCGCGUUUUUUUACGGGAACUAUCUUCGACUAUUCUCUAAACUAUUCUCUUGUUCGCGGGUGACCUAGAAUGAGUAAAGCAUCCAGCAGAAUGAAAAGAUCAAGACCGGUAUUAUUAUAGUUGCGCAAAUAUAUUUUAAUUUUUAGAUAAAAAUCAAUGUGGUAUUGCGAUCGUGUGUAACAUUUCUAUCGGUUUUUAUUCGAUACACGGGAGAGUUUGCGUUUAGUUUUACGAUUUUAAAGUAAAUAUCAACAUGAUUUUCUCUUAUUAUCCGAAAUUGAACUCAAUCAUACAUACUGGUCUCGAUUUUUAUUUUGAAAAAAGUACGAUUGAUGAAAAGAAUGUGGUCCAGAACGGAAAUUGAAAGAGUUCACGACCUGACGGAUAAAAGCAGAAAAGAAAAAACGAGAUGUUUCUUUCGUAAGGUCAGAUUCGGAUAAGAGACGUUAAUAGAUAGACUGACUAUUAAAUGCAAUUGGUGAUCUCUGAAGACGGAUGUUACAUUAUGGGUCAGAAUUGGCGUGACUGAAUGAACGAGCGAACACAUGUCGAAAAAAAUAUUCCCUCCCCGAAUAUUGGAUGCACACGCAUACACACUUCGAUGAAAGAACGAAGUAACAGCCAACGGAAGAGAGACAGGUGUGUCAAGGGAUAACCAAGUAAAAAGGGGGAGGACUGGCUAAAAGAUCUCGAGAUCAAAGGGUAGAGUCAAAUCCCGCCAAAAAAGUGACCAAGCCGAGCGAAAUAAUUUCAGCAAGGCACGCCGCGCAAGUUUUAAUACUAAAUAUAUCGAUUGUUGUAUCAACAAUCGUCUAUAUAUAUAGCGCUAAAUCGCAAUCAUAUUGGUUGUUGCACGAAUCUAUUAUCGCGGCGAACACAACAAUUAUUAGAAAUGGCGGGGUUUGGCGGCGACUAAUGUGAUAUGCGAUCCCGCGCCUGUCUUUCGAUGAAGAAUCGGAAUUUUGAUUUUUUUUCUUCCUCUUUUUGUGUUAAAAGAACAAUCUUGUUAACUUUCAAGUGCGGAAAUUGGAUGUGCAGAGAAAUUUGUAGAAGUAUUACUUAUUUCGUGAUUUUUCCCAGAGAUAAUUCUUGAAAUAUAACUUGGUUUCAUAAUUCAUUCUAAACUAGAGAGAGAGAGAGAGAGAGAGAGAGAGAGAGAGAGAGAGAGAGAGGGAAUUUGGACAAAUUAUAAUUGUAUAAAAUUUUCCAUUUUUCACAAUUUAAACGUUUCUUAAAUUAAAACAAAAAUUUUUAAUUAGAAUUUGUAAUUGAAGAUUUAACAUUGAAUAUUUAUUGUUUUAACAUAUACAUAUAUAUACAGAUUUAAAAGAAGGAUGCACGAAAUAUAGAAAAUUUAAUAAUUAUUAUAAUUGCGUUAAUAUAAUCGCAAUUGAGAUGGUUUAAAACUAGUAAACGAAAAGAAAUAGAUAACGUUGGCUGUCGUUUGUCUUGUCACCAAUUAUCCAAACAAAACACUAAAGAAACUCGAGACAGAAGUGAUGUCGUUGGUCUUCGUAUACUAGGCGAUAAAGAGAAAAACGACAGGAAGGCGCAAGAAUGAGGGUAUCAACAAGAAAAAAAACUAUUACCAAAAAACCAAAAAAAAAAGAGAAAAGGAUUAUAAUAAGAGCAAAAGUAAACGAGACCUCUGCGUGGAGAUUUAACGAAGAAACCUAAUUAGUUAAUUAACCUCGUGAAAUAUUAUUUAAAAUUUGUUUUCGUGGAAUGCACAAUACGGGUUCAGUGAGAAAAACGAUUUAUCAGAGAUGUAAAAUAUUACGAGUAUAUCACGUGUAUGUACAUAUACAUGCAAAUAUUGUUAUAAACGGGAAUAAUUUUGUCGUUUAAUUAUGGACGCGUCUUUAUUUUUCGUUUCAUUAAAAUUCGAUAAAAAUAUAUUAAAUUAAAAGAUUGAAAAGUAAUAAUGUCUGUACUUUCCAAGCUGUAACAAUUAUGACGACGAUUGAAGUUGCUGAUAAGACAAAUUCUAACAUGAUUUACGGAAAAGUUGAUAUUGAUUUAGUUUUAUUGGGUAGCUCUACUGAUCCAAGUAUGAAAACACCUUGAUGAUCUCCAAGAUCGUGAAAUCUUUAGAACGUAUAUCAGAGUGGUGCAAAAGAUUAGAUUAGGCUGAAUAUUUAUCGUAUUUUCAAAAUUAUCCUUGAAAUUACAUAUUCAGCAGUUUCAAUGUAAUUUUUAUUACUUGAAAUAUUCGUAAUUCGUCUAGUCUCUGCGGGAAGUAAUCGGAAACAUUCGCAUCGUAAUCACUUACAAAUAUCUAGUAUCACUCAUCGAUACUAGAUACUGACUUUGAAUCGAAUAUUUAAUUUGUUAUAAGUUCUUUUUUUCACUAAAUAAAUUGCUACAUAUUUGAUGUAUUAAAUAGUUAACUGGUGGUGAAGGAGAAAAGGGGAGGAAAAGAAAGAAGAGGGAAAGUAAAAUAAUAGAAAAGGGAGGGGCAAAAAGAGGCGGAAAAUUAUAUCAAAGAUAAGAACCGAGAGAAAAGGAAAAAUUGGAAUGAAGGGAAAAGAAAGGAGAAAGAAAAAAGAGCAGUAAAGUAGGAAAUUCAUAAAAGAGACGAAAGAACAAAACGCAGAAAAAGAAGAAAAAUUUGUUUAAAAUGAAGGAAAAAGAGUGACAGUGGGAGAAACAAGUGGACGGAAGAAGGAGGACGGGACGAGAAAAGCAGUAAAAAACAGAGAAGAUGAAUCGGAGCAUCACGACGCAGCAAAAAAAUGAUACAAUAUCGAAGUUCUAUGUCGAAACUUCGUAUUAAAGCUGACAAAACGUACGAUAAAAAUCGAAAAACGCGUUAAAAAUCUAGUCACUAGAUUAAAAUCCGGUUAUAUUGAUUAAAAUUAUAAUUAUGUAAUGUUUCUUUAAAUGCUCAUUUAAUAUCGAGGCAUCUAAAUAAUCAGAGAGUGACCAAUAAAAUAAAAACAUAAGAAAUCAAGAUUUAUCGUCGUCUCUUAAAGUUUUAAAGAAAGAAAAAAAAAUUAACAAGAGACUUUUGGCAAACUGCGAUUUACGCGGUACCUAAUUUUCGCAACACAAUUCGUGCACUGGUCUCUUUUCUAAUAUCAAGAGAGAAUAGUUACAAAUAUAAAAAAAAUCUAAGAGUUCGCGUAAUAAAGCAAUGCUAAAAAAAAUUCAGAUCAAUAAAUAUUAGAACAUAAAAAGAUCUAAAUAUUUAUUUAAAUGUUAGGAAACUGAAAUUAUCAAUAAAGACGCAAGAAUCCGAGAUUUAUCAUUAGUUGAAGUUUUGAAAAACCAACCAGUCAAUCAAAAAGAAAAGAAACCAAUAAAACAUCCUUGCAACAGUAAUAUUUACAGCUCCCAAUUUUUUCACUCGUUUACGAUUUUUUUACAUAUAUAAAAAAAGAAAAAGUUAACGUCGAGGAAGUCCUCGCGCAAAAUAAAGCUUAUACAGAGCCCUUUAAGUGACGUUUGCUGGAAGUGAAGGAAAGCAGAGGAGGGAGAGGCCGAGAAUAAAUACAAAUAGUAAUGAAAACAAAAAAAUGGGUGUUAUUUUUAGAUGUCUAUUAGAUUACCAGGAGUCAGAAAAAAAAGUUAAAAGAUAAAAAAAUGCUUAAGCAAAAAAAAGGAAUAAGAAAUAGGAAAACUUACUAUUAAUACACUACUGCUAUUACUACUACUAUUAUACUAUAACUAUUACUACUAUCGCUGCUACUACUACAACUACUACUACUACUACACUACUACUACAGUACUCGUAAUAAGGAUUUAAAGGUCGUAGAUAACUUAGAUGACGCGAUUUUUAGGGCGCUGGAUGCGAGUUGAAUUUUAAUAUAAUUUCAAUUAAUUCGAAGCAGAUUUCGAUGAAAUUUCGUCGAUUAAGUUCGAAUUUAUAAUCUCAACUAAUACAAAUUCGAAUUUAAUUUGAAAUUAAUAAAGAUGUGCACAUUAAAUUCAAUCUCGAUUGACUCAAUUUCUAAUUCAAUUUUAAUCUAAUUUUAAUGAACGACGCGAAUUAAAUUCGAAAUUAAUAUCGACCAAUAAGAUUUCGAAUUAAAUCUGAUUUGAAUUUCAGAAAAGUGCGGAAACCGAAUUUGAAUUUAAUUUUGAUCGACCCAAGCUUGAAUCAAACUUGGAUUUAAUUUGAGUUUGAAUUUAAUUUAGAUUAAACCAACGUCGAAUUAAAUUUGCAUUUAAUUGCAACAAAUAUAUAAAUUUAAUUCCAGUCAAAAUUCACGAUUGAUUCUCAGUCUUGAAUUAAAUUUAAUUUGGAUGAGAAACAUUAUUUUCGAGGAAAUCGUCCCUCUUUUUACACUGCACAGGUUAAAAUUCGACUUAUAUUUGCAAAUACGAUAAUUUAUGCGACAUGCGUCGACAUGCACUUUUGUGUUGUAUUAAAAUCUACUUUAAUGCAAAAAUGAAAACCUCAUUUAAAGGCUCUCAUCGCUACAUUUUUUAGAAGUACGAAAGAAUAUUGAUGGAUAAUACUUAUAAGUAUAUUGAUGGAAAUACUUAUGAGUAUAUUAGUAUAGAUAUAAAAAAUCUAUUGUUUGCGUUCACAGACCUUUAUUUAUUUUUGCGCGAUUUCUUAACUGGCUAUCCAAAAACUUUUUAUUGCUGUACUAUAUAUAGUAGUAUAUAUAGUAGUUAUCUUAAUUUUUAAAAUCUUGUGCAGACAUAAGAGGGACACCUCGAAAACCAUUCGGAAAAUAAUCGAGCUUUCUUUCUUUAUCGUUCGGCGUUUUGUCGCUUUCAUUGUUUAGAUGAUGACUGUUUAAGAAAGAAAGAAAGAGAGAAAGAGAGGAGAUGGGAAACGGGAGAUGUGUGCUGAAGAAAUAAGCGCGACAAAAUUUUUUUCUGAGAGGGAGGGAAGAGGAGAGAGAGAGAGGGUAAGAGAGGGAGAGAAUUGCGAACUUCGCGUGGUGAUACUCCUUCAGAUGAAAAGUGCGGUCCUUUUCUCGGUCGUUGUUGAACCACGCGAAUCCUGCACGAGAAUACGAGACUCUUUCUCACCCUCUUCUCUCCUUCGCCGUCUCUCAUCCUCUCCGCGAAUUGUGACAUAUUAAAAACAAAAUUGCGAGAGGAUAAUUCUCGACCGACACGACAGAGAAUAAAAAUACAACAAGGAACGGAAGAUUAUAAGAGAUAACGAAACACACAAAAUGAUUAAAUAUAAAAAGGAAACCAAGAAAUAAGGAAUAAAGAGACACGAAAUAAGAGACACGAAUAAAAACAGGAAAAAUAGGAGAAGGAAUUGGAAGUAUACAAGAACGAUUUUGAUAAUAAUAGAGGAUGAUAAACGAAGGGAAAGAGAAGUGAUAAUAAUGAUGAAGAGUGUCCUCGUUAAGCGAGAGACUCGAUACUGGAAGUCGUUGCGAAGUCCCGUCGACUUUUGCGCUGUAACUUCCAGCUCCAAGAAUCCAGAAGUCCUCGGGUAUUGAUGAUCGAAGAAUUCGAGGAUAUAUUGCGAGAAAGGAUAUUUCACAAAGACAAAGAAGUAAGAAGAGACUUAUCACGUUCGUGAAAAAAGAAGAGAAAAGAGAAAUCAAACAUAACUCUUUCCUCACCUUACAUUCGCAAAGUUCCGAUUUCAUCAAGAACCCAGUAUUCUUUCACCGAGGAUUAGAGAAUCCAGAGACUUUAGGAUCUAUCAGUCUGAAAGUUCGAUAAACUUGGAUCCAAAGGUUUCGUGAUAUAGUAACUGAAAGAAUCAAGGGUCCAAGUAUAGAGAAAAUCCAGAAAGAUCCAAAAAUCAAAGGAUCCUCAAAGAUCCGAGAGCUAUACCAAGAUCUGUAUUAGAAUCUAUACCAGGAAGAUAGGAAUGUUUCAGGACUCAGGAAUCCAGAAAAAAGUCUAGUUCAAAGAAACAAGAAUGGAAAGAUCCUACACAGAUAGUUAAAAUUGAAAGAUGGAGGAGUCUUACGACAGGGAUUCAAGGCUAAUCUGAGUAGGAAUCGCGAGGAUCUAAAAGUAUAGAUUUAAAGUAAGAAAAUGAGGUGGACUAAGGACUCAGGAAUCUAAGGAUUAGCCUGGAAAGAUCUAAGAGUAGGGAUUUAGAGUAGAAAGAUAGAGAGAUCUCAGGAUUUGCAGAUUUAGAUAUUAGCUCGAAAGGAUCAAAGAUCGAAGCAUCCAAGAAUCGUGAAUUUAGAAUAGGAAAAUGGAAAUUUUCAGGACUCAGGGAUUCAGAGACUAAUACAAGAAAUUAAUAAUCCAAGGCUAUGGAUUUGGAGGAUGUAAACUGGGGUAGUCUCAGAAACCUCGAGGAUCCAAGGACCUCACAGUUACGCACAAAAGUCGUCGGGUAACUAUUGUUAAUAAAUGCGACGCGAACACGAAGAAAAUAAGUAAUCGCGCGUUGAAAGGUCAAAUCAUUUUAAUAAGUAAGCUAGCAACACGAAAAAGCGAAAACAAUAAAAACAGAAAAGUAAAAAAGACGAAUAGAUAUGAUGGAGUAACCGUGGUUUGGACUAAUUGUGUACUCGUUGAUUAUUUUUCUUAGCUCGGGUCAAUUACAAUUUAACAGCGCCAAGUGAUAUUGUAUUUAGGGGCCCUGUAGUUACAAUUUGGAUUAGGUCUCGGGCAGAGAUUUGAGCAAAUCGUGUAAUUGAACUGUUCGAAUCGUUUGAUCGUCUGAAAACUUCCAGCAUUAAUCUAAACACUAAUGGAUUAUAGAUCGAAUAUAAUGUAUUCCGGAUUGGUCUACGGUGUAAUAUGGAAUUUCAGAUUGAACUACGUAAGUAGAACAGUUAGUAAAAUGUCGAAGAUGUCCAGACUCUAACUAGAGGGUCCCUAAUUGUAUCGAGUGUUUGUACAUCUCAGAGAUUUUAAGUUCCGAGUAUCAAAGUAUGUCCCCGUCGGUUGUUCGAGAUAGGGUGAAGUGAACUUGAAUCAAUAUUUCAUUUGUCGUAUAAGUUUGUCAGGCGUACUUAACGACUACCGGAUAAAGAAUUUCUAUAAUUCUGAAAAGAGUUAUUACGUCUAAUAAACUUGUCAUAUGAUAAUUGAGAUAUUGAGGAGUUGUAGACAUUUGCAAGUAAAACAAAAUCCCUUCAAUUGUACAUACAACGGGCUCAUGUAGUCAUUUCAUAUCGAUUCAUUUCGAUGAUUCAACAAACGUAAAAUAAAAAAUAAUCUCAAAUAUUCGAUACAACGCACUUCACCCUAUGUCAGUCAAGAAGAUUGAGAUGUCAGGAAAAAAAAGGAAGAAAAAAUAAGUAAGAAAGAGAAAGAUAAAAAUAAACAAAUGAAUAUAACAUUAUAAUGUAAUGUUUGAAGCAACGCUCGAAACUGCGCUUUCGAAGCGAUUCUCGAAUAUCACGUCUACUGUUCUGCUCUUAUCAUUUGUGCUUAAUAAUACAUAAAUAUGUGUGGAUUCACAUUAGGGAGAAAUUCAAAUCAGUAAGCGUGAUAUGAAAAAAUUGCUUCCAAUGUUUAACCAAUUAUGAGCGCUGGUUUAAACAAACGCGCAUGUGUAGAAACAGGCGAUUUUAAACGCGGUGAGAAAUUUGCGAGUGAGAAGAGAUGUAGUGAGAAUUUCGAGGCGAAGCGAAAGGAUGAUUGAAUCAAGUCAAAUCAAGCGAGUUGAAUCAAGCGAAAGAAAGUAAAAUUAUCGAACGUGCAACAUCAUGAUGGUUACAAGUAGACGCGGAGAAAAUUAUAAUGUUAAGGAGAUAAGACAAAACUUUUUUUUAAUCCUAAAUCACUAACCACUCGGGUUUAAUCACUCGGGCUUCUCGAUAAAAAUAUCGGUCUGGAAAAAGCCAAUGGUUAGUAAUUCAGGAUAUAAAUAUACAAAGGAUGUUGCUAAAUGUUCGCCUUCUCGCGAUCACUAUUUCGGCGUCGGCGUAAAAUUGCCGACGGGAAUGUUGAGAUGAACGUUACUGACAUCUUACUAUGCGAUUGCAGUCAGUUGUGCGAAUUGCGAGCGAUGAUUCCGAAAUGACGAAAGUUCGGCCGGUGUGAUUCGUUUGUGAAGGAUUGGGGAAGUAUUUCUGUCAAUUCGUCGACAUUGUCGCGAUAUUCGAUGAUCGAUAGAUAGAGUCAACUUUAACUUCAAUAUCUGGCUCCAGGCCUCUCUAAGAAUUAUGUCCCAACGCCAUUUUUCCGAUUAAUGAUCUAUAUCGAGAGUAAAGUCUUGGAAAAUUCCAAGACGUUCCAAAAAAUCACACGGUCCGAACGUGUUCGAACACGUCUUGUCGUGACGGCGGUUAGGCCAGGACUUAUCGAUAGAUAGUGGUGUGUAGACGCUUGGAUCAAAACAACACAUGGGAAUGGAUUUAUCGAUCCUUGCGAUUUAUUACUGAUUAAUACUGAUUAGUUGAUUGCUGCCACUGAGCAAGGCGAGACGACGGUUAAAGAAAUAAAAGAAGGGCAACCACCACUUAUUAUAUAUUAUUGUACAUAUUUACUUGUAACUGCUAUUCGUAUCGCAGAGGUUUCUGUUCUCUAAAGAUCAUUUUCUCGAUGAUUCAGCGGAAAGAAACGGCAAAAAAAUGUGAAUAAAGUUAGAUUUGUGUAUUAUUUAA